GUCGUUCAACGUAGUCGCUUAUUAUUAGUGUUGUUUCGGUUGUUGUUAUUAUUAUUAUUAUUAUUAUUUUGACAUGACGAGUAACAGCAUCGAGUUGUCGAAAAGCGGUGGCGGUAGCAGUAAACAUGUACGGUCGCAUAGCCUAAAAAGCUUUCCAGCAGUGGCCGCUACGGUUAUUGAUAGUAGAAAACAGCCGGACAAUGGCGCCGUGGUGGCUGCUGGUAGCGACCCACAGACGACUGUGAAAAUGACAUCAACAUGGAAACAGGCAUGUGAUCGAACUAGAGAUCGAACUAAACAACUGUUACGAAGAACAAUGUCGUGGAAAAGUAAUACUAUCAUAAUGCAGCCCGAAGAACGCAAGCCAGACGAGUUAUCCAGUACACUAGAAAUACAUGUAUGGGCUUCUUGGAUGAAACGUUAUUCUAGCGAAGAUGAAUCAAAAACAUUGGAUAUUCCAUUUAAAUUAUCGCCAUUACAAGAGGAAAAGUUAUUGAUUUUUUUUAAAUAUUAUUUGGACGGCGAUUGCGACGGAUUCGUAUUUGAACACGACUUCCAUCAGUUUGUAGAGAAAUUAAGACGUUUUGCUGAUUGGUCACCGAAUAGUGAUGAAUAUAUAAUAUUAAAACAAGUUUUAACAGAAUUAAUUCAAGUAUUCAUUCAAUGUGAACGAGGUCAAAAUAUUGCAUUUACUAGUCUAUCAACUGACGAUUGGCUUAAAAUAUGGUGUCAAACGUUAAGCAAGUGUACUGUAAUUUCAGACAUGCCAUUGUGGCUGAAAUAUUUGCAGAACAUAUUAUUUAAGUCUUUAGAUUCAGGUAAAGGUGAAAUAGAAAAAGUGAAUUUACAAAGGUUUUAUUGUACGUUUCUCAAUUCAAACUGUGAGGAAGCUAAGCAAGGCGUGAUUGAUGCGAUAUACGAUUCAUUAACAUCAAAUGGAGACUUUAAGUUGGACCGCGAUACUUGGGGCCAAUGUUUCGCAAACUGGUUACUGGGUACUAAACCCAAUGGAUGCGGUCAAUGGUUAUUUGGAAAGUGUGGCCCAACGCCUGAAUUUUUCCCUAUCGAUUAUUCUGCUAUGAAUUCGACGGUCGAUUCGAGAGAUACAUAUUCACAUAAGAGGCGGAGCGAUAGACAUUCCAUUGUGGUCUAAAGAAAACAGUAAUAAUCAAUAAAUAGAAACUCAUUAUUGUUGCCAUGUGGACUAUGUGCUAAACAAUCCAUUAACGCAUAUUUUGUACAAAGAAAAUACAAACAUCUUGCAGUUUUAAAAUUUUUAAAUGAUUACGUUAUUUAACUUCCUCUUUAGUUCCUAAAUAGAUAAAAUUGAAAAACAUUUUAA